AUGUCCACUACCGUCACACACCUCCUCCUCCCCCCGACAGGCUUCGCAGAGCUACAUGGGAGGGUUCUCAACGCCGACGCAACCGCCACAACCUACCAUCUCCAAUGUCCCCCCAAGGACUCCAGCUGCUCAGACGUGGACGAAACAAUCACUCUCGGACCCUGGGCAGAAAAGACUCUGGCGAGAGGUGCAGAGCCAACGGGCACCAUGGACCUUCAACUGAGCUAUACAUCAAGCUAUGAGCCCACGGCUGUUGGAAAGACGCGCGCUGAGUUGGUGACCUGGACUUACUCUCUGCAUUGUGAAAUGAGCAGAUCUGUCGCGCAGCAAUGUACCGUGACGCAAGGACCGGUGAAGGAUAUCUCUGAACUUCGGCAGAGCAAUUAUCCUGCUCAGACAUAUACUGAUAAAUCUGGCCUGGCAGAGAUAUAUGGUCCUACGUAUGCUUAUGCACCAAUUACUCUUACUGCUGGUCUGGAAAAGCUAGAUGGCAAACAUGCUAGUUCUACGGAGAGCAGUAUGGCGAGUGCUACUAGUGAUUCUGCCGAGGAGUCGGGAACUUCUGCCAGUUCGACGGAUAGUGCUGAUGCACCAGGACAGACUAAUGAUGGGGUUGGAAGAAGCGUGCCGAGUAUUUUGGCGCUGGCUUGCGUUGGGUUGUUUAUCCUAGCUUUUUGA